AUGGUAACCGUCAAUGACCGCAAUGACGAAGUUCUGGAGAGAUCGAAGCAGGGGCAGCGAGGCGUAUGCGAAAGUGCCCGCAUCCUCGAGGACCUUAGCAUUACUUCCUACACCAAGAGGCCCUGGAGCAGACACCCUUGGCCUGGCCAAGCUAUCAAACUGCCUCUCAAGAUGAGAUGCCUAAAAGUCACUGUCGCGUUCAUCUACCCAGAUCUCAUCAGCCAGGAUGACAUGCUCUCAGGCAACUACAAGAUCUGGGAGCUUGCCUUCCGCCAUGACUGGGGGUGGAGGGGAAAGUUGGUCAGUAGGACAGAGGGUAACACUGAUGACUCCUUCAUUGGUGGAAAUGCCUCUGCUGAAGUCCCCGAGGUUGAAAGUACCGAAAGCACAGUCAUCACCGGUGCUGAUAUUGUCACGAACCACCACUUGCCGAAACCAGCUCCACAGAAGAAGCCUACAAGAACGACAUCAAAGAUGCAAUCAAUCAAAGACAAAUUCGAAGAACAGAGGCUGGAGAGAGUAAAACGUUCCAUGACAGGAACUGCAGAACGCAUCAAGCACAACGUUGAAUUUGAAAACUACCAGUUCUUUAUUGGAGAGAACGUGAAUCCAGAUGGCAUGGUUGCUCUGCUGGACUACUUUGAGGAUGGUGUGACCCCAUAUAUGAUUUUCUUUAAGGAUGGUUUAGCAAUGGAAAAGUAA